CUUGCAGCCACGAGCGUUAAUUACUGGCCAUCUGUCGAACGAAAUCAGCGCCGCAUUGUUACGGUUGUCCAGCGGAGCGUGUUAAUCCUACGUGUAAAUUCUCAUCGCCGGCAGGUACGCUGUUGGAUCUGCAGCUCGGCUGUUGAUUGGCAUAAAAGUAAAUAUCCGUUUGGUAAACGAAGCAACAAGCGUCCGCGACUCCCGUUGAGUGGAAUGGAGUGCCACCCGUUAGAGGAUAUGUUGGAGUAGUGCGCGCACGCAGCCGCACUAGCCAAGAAGCGUUUCUCGUUCAGGUUGAGCAAUCUCCUACCUCCUCCUUUUCCUAUCCUCUUGAUCCCCAUGCACGACGAGAAGCGCGCUUUAAAAACCCGACAGGGGCAAAAUCUCACAGGUCAUUCGAGCAUCACGCCCCGAUGCAUGCGGACCAUUUUCGCUCUGUCUGCAUUGUAUCAGUAGUGCGGUUAAAUCAUCGGAUUUCGUGGAAAAUCGUGAACUAACACACAGUGCAGCGCAGUUUUCAGGGAUUAUUUGCAUCAUUUCCACGAACUUCAAGUCAUUCGCACUUCUUUUCUCGCCAUGGCGACGGCACUCAGGUAUCUAUGGUGCUGAUGAAAUCAGGCGGCUGGCAAUCGAGCUUGCAGCGAUAAUAUUUAACAAAAGAUGGACGGCGAGAACCGCAUCAUUCUGAACGUGGGCGGUUUCCGUUUCGAGACGUACCGCACAACGCUCAAAAAGAUCCCGGCCACGAGAUUGUCGAGGCUGACGGAAGCCCUGGCCAACUACGAUCCCGUUCUCAACGAAUACUUCUUCGACCGACACCCAGGAGUCUUUGCCCAAAUCCUCAAUUACUACCGCACCGGCAAACUGCACUACCCGACCAACGUCUGCGGUCCGCUCUUCGAGGAAGAGCUCGAAUUCUGGGGCCUUGACGCCAAUCAGGUGGAGCCAUGCUGUUGGAUGACGUAUACAGUUCACCGAGACACCCAGACGACAUUAGCCAUUUUGGACAAGUUGGAUAUCGAGACGGACAAGCCAAGUCAAGAAGAAGUUGCUCGUAGAUUCGGCUACGAGGAGGCGUAUCACAAAGGCCGUCUGAACUGGUGGCAAAAGACGAAACCCAAGAUCUGGUCUCUCUUCGACGAGCCUUACUCUUCCAAUUCCGCCAAGAUCGUUGGCUUGGUGUCGGUAUUCUUCAUUUGCGUUUCGAUCCUGUCGUUUUGCCUGAAGACACAUCCUAAUUUGCGAGUGCCCGUCAUCCGGAACGUCACAAUCGAUUGGUCGAGAUCUGCGCUUUCGUCGCCAGUGCUCGACAUUUACCACCGCUUUAGAAAUCAGUAUCCAACACGUCAUAGUAACUGGACGACCAGUUGGACCCUGGACAAGACUCGCACCGAACCACAUCAAGCCUUCUUCUUCGUCGAGCUGAUGUGCAAUGUCUGGUUCACUCUGGAAUUCACCGUCCGUUUUGUCGUGUGCCCCAACAAAUGUAUCUUUGCCCGGUCGCUCGUUAAUAUUAUCGACUUGGUGGCUACCCUCUCAUUUUACACAGACAUUCUCUUACAGGAGCUGGCCCAUCACGUAGAUAAUGCCGAUAUAUUGGAAUUCUUCUCCAUCAUUCGAAUCUUGCGUCUGUUCAAACUGACCCGCCACUCGCCCGGCCUGAAAAUUCUUGUCCACACGUUCAAAGCUUCGGCCAAAGAGUUGGCCUUGCUCGUCUUCUUCCUCGUCCUGGGCAUUGUCGUCUUCGCCAGUUUAGUCUAUUACGCCGAGAGGCUCCAGGCCAAUCCCGACAACAACUUUAAGAGUAUACCAGAAGGUCUCUGGUGGGCCAUCGUCACCAUGACGACGGUGGGUUAUGGAGAUAUGGCGCCCAAGACGUAUGUCGGAAUGUUUGUCGGAGCGCUAUGCGCCCUGGCCGGCGUGCUUACGAUCGCUUUGCCCGUCCCUGUCAUCGUCUCCAAUUUCUCCAUGUUCUACAGCCACACUCAGGCGCGAUCCAAGUUGCCGAAAAAAAGGCGAUGCGUCUUGCCUGUGGAGCAGAUCCGGCGGAAGCAACAACACAAUCGAAACGAAGGCGGUAAUGGUGGCGGCCUCCAGCGACGGAUGAACGCCUUCAAGCACAAUCCUCCUGCCAUGUUGCUUAAAGAUGCUAUGGCUGUCACAUUUGGCGCAGCGGGCGCUUGUAAUAACGUGAGCGUCGUCUCGAUGGCAACCGGCGCACCGGUGGUUAAUAAGAUGCCGGGCUGCCCAAAUUCCGUGGCUUCGAUACAACCAACACUGCCGGGCCGGCCAUCAGCCGCAUUCGAUUUUACCGCCCUCGGACUGAUGGCCAAAAUUAUCGAAUCCCCACCAUUGGUGACUCUGCAAGUGGCCAGUAAAAGUCCAUCCGCUUCCCUGGCCUGCCUCCAGCCGUUGCAAGAUGGCCUGCAGGCGAUGGCUCGUCAUUCACCACCGUCUCAGGUGCUGAUGUCGGACGUUGACGUCGAAGCAAACGAUGUCAAAAUCAACGGAAAUCAUCUGGCGGCCGAUGCGGUGGAGACGACGUCGAUUGAAGCCGGCAAGGACUUGCUGAUCGAUCAGCUGGCAGCACCCUCCUUGAGCUGAGAGCACUUCACCGUUUUCGAACGCUGCAAGUGCGGUCUCUCUCUUCCUUUUCUUUUCCCCCAAGCUGCCAUAGCCGCCACAUCAAUCGAUUAGAUUUAAUCUAUUCGUCGCUGCUGCUGUCCUGUACAAUUUUUUCCUCUAGCUUAUUUUUAUCUUCUCCAUCUUUUUCCUUAUCUUUUUUUUUUCUAACUCUCUUUUCCUCGUUGACGAAUCAGAUCUACAAUCAAAUCUCGGAACAACAAAUUCAUACAGAUGAAUUGUGUUGAUGUAUGAUAUUUAGAUUUUAUUUUGUGUUCGCUGUCGGGUUCAACUGUUUCAUCUAUUUCACUAUGACAACUUUACUUUUCUCGAAAUGAUAAGCAAAACGUUAUCUUUUAACUAAUAACGCGCACAUUCAGCUUUCGACAUUUGAAUUGCCACUCACAGCAUGCGAUUUCAGGACGUUUAUUACCCAUGCAGCAAAGUAUAGGCAAUUUUACCAAGAACCAUGAAAUGUAGACAGAAAAGAAAUAAGAAAAAAAAACAUUUGAAUGUCUGAUGUAAGGGGUCGCAAAUGUCGAGCUGAUGAAGCGUGUUGCCAAUAAAUGCUGAAUGUAAAUUUGGUCUCCAGCGUUUCAAGCGCUGGCGACACGUAAUUCUCCAGAGAGGCUUAUAUGUGAAAUAUACUUGCGUCCUGUACAUACAUCAA